UGUGGGGAAGAGGAAAGGAUGGACGUCUAACACAAACGGAAUUCACAGUUACUUUCAGGGCUAACACAGGAAGGAAAAGCGGUAGCUACUGCAGCAUAGAGGUCACGAACAAGUGAAAGAAGAUAUCAUAGGUUAUGUUCCAUUCUCAUUUCCCUGACUUUAGCGCGUGCUUUCAGCACUAAUGACAAAGCUUUAAUCACGUGGCCUUGAUUCGGAGCAGAGGUUUCAACCCUCUCUUUGACAGUUUGCCUAUUUUGGAAACUACAAUUGAAGCAGAGAGCUGGGCGAAUUACAUUACGUGUUGUUCACGUAAUCUAUUGACUGAUGUGUAGCAUUAAGCCCUUCUGAGGUGACAAAACAAUUCGCUGAUCGCGUCGACUCUCGUGGCGCUGCUCACAAACCCGCGUAACAAAACCGAUCGGUAAGUGCAGCCAAACGACAAGCGAACUGGUUGUCACUCCACCGCUACAACCAACUCGCCCAAGUUCCGACUUAGGUUUGUCGGAACAAAUGUGGCCAGGAAUUCUAAACGCAAAUGUUUCUUAACUGACACUUUCUCAAAUAACUCAGUUUUUUAGUUGUAACUUGGCUUCAACCAUUUCUGCAGCCAGUACAUUCACGAUUGUGUUCAAUCUUUGUACUCAACGCUAUCAGAUAGCUGCUUGCUGUUUCACAUAACAUUUUUAUGUGAAUCUAUAUACAUAUGUUAAUUUAGAAGCUUUGCUUUAAUUGAACUUCUUUUUGUAAUCGUUCUGUCAAAUGACGAUUUUCUUAUUGUUACAGUUAAACUAAUUUCUAUUAAUCUCAGCGGAAUGGUUCAACUGUUUUACUACGAACACCACGGUAAAUGCUGCCGUAAGAUAUUGAAUCACGAGGGAUCACCGAAUAAAAUCUUAUUGUACCCUGACGAAGGAUGGGCUAGGAGUUCCCCCACAUCUUACUGGAUUCUCAAACGACCAUGGUGGAAUCGGAGCACGUGCAAAAUCACUGAAGUGUGCGGUACGACUCGGCACAGAGGGCGCGGUAAGUUAGCGGACCUAGGUCACGGGACAAUGUGUAUCAAGGGCCGUUUCAAGGGGAAAGACGAACCGGACUUCAAAAUGUAUUUAACCUCGCACGUGUCGAGUGCAGACUUCCGACUCGGUUACAGCAUGACAGGGACGCUUGAACGAGGAAACAAGAAACAAGGAACUUUGCAACUUACUCACUUUGCCAUGUUACCGAGAAAAGAUAUUUAUAGAGAUGGAAACAACAACAAGUAACACUAUCCUUUUUUUUCAUGGAAGCUAAAACCGAACCAAUGAGGCGUUGUGAUUUACAACCAAAUGAAAUUUGUCGAUGUCCCCUUGAUUAUCUGUUCAAUGCAUCAUGGCGUAUUUUGUAUGUAGUGAAGUGUCAAAAAACUCAUUUGCAUAGGUAUGUACAUCGUUUAAGUUAUUGUUCAGAGAUUGUUUAUAAACAUGUGGCUGAUAGAUUGUAACUUGUUCCGAUUCCAACUGUAGAUUGUUGUACAUUAUAUUAAUAUUAUGAGUUGUGCUGUAUAGUUGAAAAUAGUGUAAAUUAUUUUAAGACUGUAUUUAAAUUUUUUCGUUCUCUCAUACUAUUUGCUCAUAGGAAACGAAAAGAAAUGGAAUGAUCUCGUGAUUUCAAAUAAAUGUUUGUGUGUUUUUAAGAAUGAA